AUGGUUGAUCAAAUUGAGUCAUGUUCGCCUAAUACAUUGGUACAAUGUCGAAUAUGUCACGAUGAAGAUGAAGACUUAAACAUGGAUACACCUUGUUCUUGUUCUGGUACAUUGCAGUAUGCUCAUAGAAUAUGUGUGCAAAGAUGGUGCAAUGAGAAAGGUGAUACUACUUGUGAGAUUUGCCAACAGCAAUUUAAAGGCUACACUGCUCCUCAAGCUCCUUUGUUUCACUAUAGGGGCAACUGGGAAAUUCCAAGAGUUGGUUUCAAUAAUCAUCAGUUCAUAGCAUUGUUUCAUGCUAAUCAUGAAUUUCUAGACUUUAAUUUUGAAUAUUCAGCUCCCUCUACAAGGAGCCGCGUGUUCAUUCGCAUUGUUGCCAUCAUUUCAGGAAACAACAUCAGUGAGAAGGCUUAUGAGGAUGGAAGAACAAUGGUGGAGAGUAAGACAGCAGACCUGAGAUCUCAAAUCAGGCGAAAAGGUGACACAAACCAAGCUUCAAGUAUAAGGAAUCCAUGGCAGCAAUCAGAUCAGACACAGUCUCAUUCUAAUCAUGAAACACAACUUAAGCAAUCCCGAGACGUGGCAUUGGCAACAGCAGCAAAAUUUAUAAUGCUGAAUAUAUUUGUUGCAGGAACAGACACAAGCACGUACACACUAGAAUGGGCAAUGGCAGAGUUAAUGCACAAUCCAGAAAUCAUGUCAAAAGUACAAAAUGAACUCGAACAAGUUGUUGGCAAAGGUAUUCCAGUCGAAGAAACAGACAUAGCCAAAUUACCAUACAUGCAAGCAGUUAUAAAAGAGACGUUUCGUGUACAUCCACCAGUUCCUUUAUUACUACCUCGCAAAGCAGAAACAGAUGUUGAAAUUGGUGACUACAUUAUUCCAAAAGAUGCACAAGUUUUGGUUAAUGCUUGGGUUAUUGGCAGAGAUCCAAGUAAAUGGGAGAAUCCUAAUGCUUUUGUGCCGGAGAGAUUUUUCAAUAGUGAGAUUGAUUUUAAAGGACAUCAUUUUGAGCUUAUUCCAUUUGGGUCUGGUAGAAGAAUUUGUCCUGGUUUGCCUUUGGCUAUUAGAAUGUUGCCUUUGAUGUUGGGAUCUUUGGUUAAUUGCUUUGAUUGGAGACUUGAAGAUGGAUUGAAUGUCGAUGAUUUGAAUAAGGAAGAUGAGUAUGGGAUUACCUUGGAAAAAUCUCAACCUGUGAGAAUUGUUCCAAUCAAAUUGACUAAGCAAUAA